AUGGCCUCGCUGAGCGACGUGAUUGCGCUUGUGAGCUCGCUAGCCCUGCGCCUGAGCGCAUACAUCUUUCUUCGAUGGAUUGUACCGCCCCUCGCUACCGCGCUGGCCCUGGUCUACAUCCCAUCCUUCUUCAUAAGCCUCCAGGAUACUGCGCCAUUCAAGAUUAUAUCCGACGAGCUGAACAUAAUUGUAAAAGAGGCGGUUGACACAAGUGACUCCGAGUCCUCUGAGCGCGUGGAGCUGCUCGAGGGCGCAGACGACGGACCCCUGCAAGAGCUGGACGUCCAGGAGGAAAUCCAGUAUGAAGAGCGCCAGCCAAAGAUCUUACGGACCUUGCUCACGGGCAGACCGAGCCCGUCAUCCAUCUUCUGGAGCUGGGCCACGUUCGGCAUCAACGUGGCUCUGCUGGCCAUGAUAGCAGACGUCAUUUAUCGUGCACAAAUCUUCCAUCCACACCAUCACGCGAGCUUUGGCCGCAUAGGCUAUGUUUCUGACAACUAUGCCAACAUCCUUAUACGAGAGCCGUAUGCAUAUGACGUAAAGGUGCUCUACAGGUCGAUCGACGAGUACGAGCGGUCAUGGAUGCAGAGCACGCUCCGGUCAAGCCAGCCCGAGUACUGGCUUACGGGCGACUCCGACUUCACUACCAACAUCAAGAUCGAUCACCUACGCCCGAACACCCCCUACGAGUACGUGAUCGAGACGUCCAGUGGGAACACCACAGGAACCUUCACCACACCGCCACGGCCAGGACACCUGUCCGCUUUCAGAGACGACAAGUACACUUUCCUCCACUCAAGCUGCAUCAAACCACGCGUGCCAUAUUCGCCUUUCCAACAUCCUCUGCACUUCCCUGGAUUCAAGCAUCUGGCCCGUUGGAUCCCCGAGCUGAAACCAUACUUCAUGCUAUUCCUGGGAGACUUCAUCUAUGCUGACGUCCCGCUCCAGCGAGGAAGAGACGCAGAGUACUACCGCCGCGAAUACAGACAAGUCUACUCCUCCCCCGAUUGGCCCUCCGUCAGUGAGGACCUCCCAUGGAUUCACGUCAUAGACGACCAUGAAAUCCAGAAUGAUUGGAACGGUAACAUGACCGGCCUCGCCGUGCCUGCUUAUGAUGCCUUCCAGCAUUACCACGCAGCCGCCAACCCCCCUGCCCACAGACACGGCCACACGUACUUCAGCUUCGUUCAAGGCCCCGCGGACUUCUUCCUCGUUGACACCCGCGCCUACCGCAGCCCUGAGAACUCCGACCCCAACGACCCCGUCAAGACCAUGCUCGGUGCAACGCAACUCUCUGACCUGCUUUCGUGGAUCGCCACGCCGCCCCCACGGGGCGUCCACUGGAAGAUCAUUGUUACAGGGGUCCCGUUCACGAGAAACUGGCAAUUUGGGUCCGAAGAUACUUGGGGCGGGUACCUCGUCGAGCGGCGCCAAAUCCUCGAAGCCGCGUGGUCACUCUCAUCCACACAUGACGUUGGCGUCGUUAUUCUCAGCGGCGACCGCCACGAGUUCGCCGCGACAUCGUUCCCACCGCCCAAGGACUCGGACUGGCCCGUUAGCGCGACGGUGCACGAGUUCAGCACGAGCCCGCUGUCCAUGUUCUACCUCCCCUUCCGCACGUACAGCGAGAUCGACGACGGCGACGUGUGCAUCAAGUAUCUGCCGGAUGGGAACAGCAAGUUUGGUGCGGUGGAGAUCACGGCGCCUGAGACAAGCGAGCAGAGUCUGCUCAAGUACAGGCUGUUUGUGGAUGGUGAGGAGACGUGGACGCAUGUCAUUUCUACGCCGCCACUGAGGGAUGGGAGCAAGAGGGCGAAGGACGCGGUGUGGGGUUGAAGAGGGAAGGGAGGUGGAGGAAAGGCCUUGGCAUCUCUGAUGGUCCAGUCUUUACCUGGGCAAUCACGCGUUGUGUAGGAUGGGAUACGUGCACUGGAAGCGCGGUUGGCAACAGCUUGGAAAUUAGCAAAGCUCGGAUCUUACACCAGCGCUCGCCAUCCAGCAUGGCAGCAUUUGGAGACGAAGUUGGGUAGAACACACGAGUCAGGCUCAAGUAGCAGUAGCACAGUACCGUAUCAUGGAGAUCUACCGUCAAUUCGAUAGUUCACCUUCACUUCGACCACCCUUCGAUAGUCCAAACAAUAAUCGCAUGGACCCUGCUUCGUUUCACCAUC